GACGGCAACGCGCAAUUCACUGCACCCACAACACGACGGUGCCCUGCAUCGACGACGCUUGAUAUCCACUUGGAGAGACUACGCGACCACAGAGACGGUGGAAAUGGAGAGCGCGUCCAAGCGCAAAGCUGCCAGCGCUGCUGUGGGUGACCACGACAGUCGCCCUGCAAAGCGACAGAAAGGGCCGGCCGAGACCAAUGCCAACUCCGAGACGGCCGAAUCGACGACGACUCAGGGCUUGAAGUUCUUAGAGAGCUUGAGGCAAGCAAAGGAUAAGACCGGACGCCCUAUCGCAGGUCACUUCCUGACGCUCCCCAACAAGAGCGAACUUCCAGACUACUACGUCCAUAUCAAGCUUCCUAUUGCCAUAGACACUAUCGAGGAUAAGCUCAACAACGGAGGGUACACGAGCCUCGCCCAAGUCGAAAGCGACUGCAAACGCCUUGUCAAUAACGCGAAGGCCUACAACGACAAAAAGUCGCUCAUAUACGAGGAUGCCGAGCGGCUACGGAAGACGGCGUCAAACUGGAUGGUCAAACACAACCCAGCCUAUCGAGACAACAACUAUGUUGCCGUAGCUACACCGGUGCCUGGUGAGGACAACUCUCUCCCAGGAAAGCCCAUCCCCCGCAUUGCGUCGACGCCGAGGGCUGUCCAUACGCCUGUAGCUACCCCAGACACUACCGAGCGCCCUCGACGAGCGGCUGCUGCCGCGCAGUCGGCCACUCCUGCACCAUCGAAGCUUCGACAGUCGGCAUCUGCUGCCCUAGAGGAGGAUGAUGACAACCCAGAUUUCACUGGGAAGACGUUUCAACAGGCGCAAGAGCAGAUUCUCCGAGAGAUAAUCGACUACGAGGACGGCGGCUUGCAGAUCUUUGUACCGUUCCAAAACUUGCCCAGUCGGAGCCUGAAGGACUACUACCAGCUGAUUAAGGAUCCCAUGUCGCUGACUGCCGUGCACAAGAAAAUCCGUGGUGUGGUUGGGCGUGAAGCACCCACAGGAAAUACAUUACUCAAGAGCUGGAAUGCCUUUGAGGAUGCAAUGAGUCUGAUUUGGAAAAACGCUCGUAUCUAUAACGAAGAUGGAAGCGAUAUCUUCAAUCUCUCACUAGAGCUCGAGGAAAUAUUCCACAAGAAGCUCAGGGAGGCCAAAGCCAAGGUCGACGAGCCGCCGCAACCAAAACUCAAACUCAAUAUGACAAGCGGUGCAGCAGCUCCCAAGCAGCAGCUGAAGCUGAAGCUUAGGCAGAGUCCAGGAUCCGACCCCAAUACCCCAGCUGCACGUAGCUCUGCUACACCUGGCAUCAUUGUGGACAGCGAGGCUCUCCAACGGCAGCAACGACACGUCCUCGACAGCAUGAAAAGCAAUCGAUCAUCACGGCCGGUAUCAGCAGGAAAGGCUGGGACACCGUCAGCGGCAACGAACCCAUUCAAUGGACCCAGAGGCGGCUCUGCUACUGUUGCACCACUUCCUGCCGUGCAGACUAGGAUGGCAGGUUCACCGCCAGCAGUCAAUGGCGUCAAGCAAGAUGUACAGUCUCCUGCACUAAGUGCAAUCAGGCCAGCAAGUACCAGGUCGGACAGCCAUGAUCAGCAUCCCAGUGUUCCAGCACAAACACCACUUCCAGUCAUGGCUCCACCCCACACAAUGACUCGGCCGGCAAGCGGCAGUCCACAUCCGAAUGGUAUCAGUCAACAGACUGGCGCUUAUAAUACUCCCUAUCAACCACCGAGUUACUAUGUCCCUCCAGCAGCACCUCGCGUCGAUAGCUUUAGGAAGGUCCCAUUAGAGAACUUCGAUGGGGCUUUGAUCCCGAAGAUCACACUGAACACGCAUCCCGCGCUCAACCUGUCCAAACCAUGGUCGGUCGAUAUCAUGGCACACAAGCAGAAGACGGCUCAUAGCGUUACCAUCGUCACCUCGCCAACAAACUCAUAUCUUCAAAUCACACCCAAAGUUCCCAUCGCUCUUACAAGCCGCCUGUACCGCCUCUUCGUCACUGUAAACGGCAACCGAACACUCGAAGUCAACCGCGUCCCCGUUACCGCAGGGAUUAACGGCAGUAGUCCUGGUCCCGGCUACGAUGGUGGCAAGAAGAAAGGCGAACCAGUGUUUGAGGCAAAGCUUCUUGGUGGUGUCAAUCGCAUCGAAGUCGAGCUUGUUGCGGAGAAAGAUCGUAAGGGUCAGCCAGAGACGGGUAAUGCGAAAGACCAGAUUGAGAUUGAGAAGUGUACGAUUUUCCUACAUUUGAUGCGACUAUCGUCGUACUAGUUUCACAACAGCAGCGAGGUGUCUAGGGAGAUGAGAAAUCUAUCAGAGAAGUGGAGAGUUGAGGACCGCCGGUACCCUAAGAUUCUUUUCAUAGGCAUAAGAUAUCCGGAUACAUGGGCGUUUGGGCAAGGUACUGCAAGCAUUAGCGACGGGUCAUCGUCACAUCAUGGGAUCUUUUUUUGCGUUUACCAAACGGGUUAGGACCGGUGCAAGCCUCGAGACACCGGCUAUGCAAUGCUACUACCUACACAUGGGGUGGCUUUACCGGCUAUUGUGCCGUGCUUAGUAGUAAUCGUUAGAGCUAUGAAUAGCAAAUCUUUGAAUACUGUAGCUCAUUGGCGUCGAAUGAGAGGUGAGUAGACGUGGCAGGCU